AUAAAAGGGCCGAAUGUAAACUAAUCUGCUGUGUUGUGUUAUGUUGUCUGGCUUAAUGUUUUUGAAAAAAUGCGAAAGUAAUUAAAAAUUGGUUAAAACUAUAAAUUUAUUUACAAAUAUAAAGUAAAAGGCAAGAGAUUGAAAAGGAAUUUAGAAAUGUCUUUAGCGACAAGCGUAGCUGGAUCUACAAUAAGGCCGCAGCAGCAGCAACAUGUUAAGGGACAACAAAAAUGUACUAAAGCACUUCAAUCUAACAACAACUCAAAUUCUAUUCACUCAAUAGCAACCCCCACUCAAUCGGCAGUCAAUUGCUUGCAACAAUCAUCACCACAACCAUCUUCAACCAAGACUUCUCUGGAAACAUCUCCUAUUGCUGCUAACUUGAUUGGUUCUUCAUCGUUGUUUUCUUUUGAGAGUGGUGUAGUUUUAAGUGGAAGCUCAGGAUGUUGCUCGUUGUCAAAUUCUCCAUCGUCAUCCUCAUCAUCAAACUCAUAUUUAACUUCGCAUUCAUUAGAAAAUUCGUGUAACAAGCUGACCGGUAAUCCAGGCAAUCAAAUGUGUUUAAAUACAUCAAUAAACUUAGAAGAUUCAUUUACCUCAGGAACAUGUCAAUUGAAUGCUUCCUUAUUGGCUGCAGUUAACGGAGAUUUGGAAGAUGAUCAAGUUAUAGUAAAAUCAUUACCGGAUACUCCAAAUCAAACUGAAUCAAAUCUCCUUACUCCAGAAUCUUUACAUAAUAACAAUAAUAACAAUAGUAGUACUGCGAACGAACAAAGACUUUUGUUAGAAAAUAUGCACCAUCAGCAUGCGCAGCAGUCCACUGCUGAUAGUUCUUGUUUAAAUAAUGAAGAUGCACGAACACUUCAAUUAGCUGUCGAGUUGACGAUGAUGAAUUUAAAUAAAAUGUCAUCGCCAACAUCUGAAGGACAACCUACUUUGUCGCCAACAUCAAAUCAUUAUCAACAAUUACAAUCACAUCACUUACAACACAGUUCGCUGGAACAUCAUCAGCCAUAUUCAUCUUCCUCGUCAUAUACAUCCGUUGGAAAUCCGUAUCAUAUGACUACAAAAGUUUUUCUACAAACACAAUCUCAAGCCGCUGCUACAUUACUAAAUCAGCACUUUUUAACUGAAUCUAAUCAAGAUAACAUUCCAAGCAAAAUAAAUUCAAUGUCAAGUCCCAAUCAAAACUUGGCCACCGUAACACCAACAACAACAGAGGAACGUUCAAAAAAAUCACAAAACAUGACGGAAUGUGUACCGGUUCCGAGUUCAGAGCAUGUUGCAGAAAUUGUGGGAAGGCAAGGUAAGAAAUAUAUUUAA